CUCUGGAAAUGAGAAUGGUGAAACGUGAACAUUUCACUUCCCCCGGAAGAGUUGACGUGUUUUCCCAGCCUCAUAAAUUUGGAGAGAUUUUGGGAAAGAAGGAUCAGAGAUGGCACAGAACGUUGGUGCUGAUGGCACCUGUGAGAACUGGGAGCUCACCAAGGACAUGCUGCUGGAGGACCAAACCCCGAGGAAAACACCCAAAAGAGCAGUGCUGUCACUCCUGCCCUCGUCCCCACAAAGAGCUGUUGUGCUGCUGGCCCUGCUGCUGGCCCUCAGCUUUGUGUUCCUCUUGGCUCUUACCAUUGCGAACAUCCGAAGAGUAUCUGCAGUGCGGGAAGAACUGGAGCGAGCGCAGCUGCGGGACCAGCAGAGCCACACCACAGCCUGGCACAACCUCUCAGAGGUCCAGCACACCCUGGAUAUGCAGCUCUCAGCCGAGCUCCGGGCGAUUCACAGCCGCCUUCUGAACGUGUCACAAGAAUUGGAGGAGGUGCAGCAGAAGAUGGCCCAGUGCAGAGCAGAGUGUGGGAAGGAGCUGCGGGAUCGCAUGCGAGCCCUGGAGGGAAGGGAUGAGUUGCAGCCGGCUCUGAAGCAGCUGGAGGAGCUGAGGCAGGAGCAGAGCCACAUAUCCACACUGCUCAGCACAGCGCUGGAGGAGACACACAACCUCACAGAGAUGUUCUGCACCAGGUGUCCUGCUGGCUGGCAGCAGUUUGCCAAAACCUGCUAUUAUUUCUCCACUGAAAAGAAGUCGUGGAUUGAGGCUCGGGCUGCCUGCUCCAUGCUGGGCGCUCAGCUGGCCAUCGUUAACAGCGAGCUGGAGAAUAAAUUUCUAGCCAACCACAUCAUGGAGAUACGGGCUUUCUGGCUGGGCCUGAGUGACAUGCAGAAAGAAGGCGACUGGGAGUGGUUGGAUGGCCAACCCCUCUCUAUCUCGUUUUGGAAGAAAGGUGAACCCAACAACGUGGGUCAACACGGUGAGGACUGUGCCACCGUGUCCUCCAGUGGGCUUUGGAAUGAUGCUACCUGCACCAGCCCCGAGGCCUGGAUCUGUGAGCGCAGCUGCUAACGGGAUGCCCGGAUUCAAAAUGGGGGCAAACAGUAAGAAAAGGAAGAAAACACACCUGUACAUACACAAAAAACAGGGGGGGAAAUGUAAAAAAAAGAGCUAUGAAGAGGAAAACCGAGCGCAAGGUGAAGGGUGCCGUUCUGCUGUCGGCGUGGAGGAGGUGCUGAAAAUG